AUGUCUAACCUGGAAAAAAAAUCUAUAGACCAGUAUGGUCGGCAAACUUGGAAUGUUGACGUGUAUGCUCAAGAAGCUCGAGAAAAAAGAAGUAGCGUUAAUCGUGAUACAACCCCAUCCCAAUAUAUAAUUGACAAAGACAUAGAUCACUCCAAAACUCAUAUCAAAGAGAGAAAUGCGUUACUUGAAGAAUCGAUAAACGCUGUUCAAAAAUUCAACCUCAUAAACCCAGACAAAGCAUCCACAUCGACCUUCGGGGCAAAGAAGAGAUUUGGUUUUGUAUGUCCUGUUUGUGAUUUGUCAUUUCGUGAUAACUUAGCAUUGAUUGACCAUUUUAAUUCACCACAACAUGUUAGCAAAGUAUUUCAGCAGACUAAAUCAGCCGAUGAGGGUACAAAAUCGGAGCUUUUAGAUGAAGGGGUCAGACGAGCGACCCUCAAAGAAGUUGUGUCAAUGAUGGAGAGUUUGGUUGCUAAAUGCUUGAAGGAGAAAAGUUUGCAACUGGUUGAAGGGCUGGGACUGGGACCAUCUUUUACCGAACGCGUUGAGAUGAGAAAGAAGUUUGAAGACGAGAAGAGGAAUAAGCGAUCAGAAAGACGCAAACUUCUACGAAGUCGAAAGAAGCAGAAACUUCAGCUACCGCUGGAAGAGAAGGUAGCCAAUUCGGAUAUAAGUGAGGUCAUGGGAUUUGGAGGAUUUGGCUCCUCCAAAUCUAAGUAA